AUGGGUGUGGAAGAUUACGAGCCACGUGUCGUCCACCAGCUCUUGGAGUUCGCCUACCGCUACAUGACGGACGUGCUGGGCGAGGCACGCGUUUAUGCCGAGCAUGCGGGGCACGCGACCCUGGAGGUGGACGAUGUGCGGCUGGCCGUGCAGGCCAAGGUCUCUACCUCCUUCUCCCAGCCGCCACCCAGAGAGAUGCUCAUGGAGCUCGCUCGAGCACGCAACGCCGUGCCCAUCCCGCCCAUAGCCGGUUCUGGGCUCUUUGCGCUGCCACCCGAGGCUGAGUGCCUGCUGCAGCCCAACGUGCAGAUUGCUGUUCCCCUGCCCGGCCCUGCCGCUCGUGGAUCGCACAAGAGGCAGCGGGAGGGAGAUACAGGAGGGAAGGCAGGGGGAAGGGGAGGAGGGGGGAAGGGAGGGGACGCUGCAGCAAGAGUAAAGAAGGAGCAAGGGGGAGCGGAGCUACAAGAUGGGAAAGCUGGUGUAGGGGGGGCUAAGCCGACUGUUCCCCUUCCUGCUAAAGCGCUGACGUUCGAGUUCAACCACGUGUUCGGCUAUGAUUCGUCCAAUUUCGAGGUGUACACCGAGUUUUGCAAGGGAGCGGUGGAGAGGGCUGUGGCGGGGUGCAGAGCGGUGGUGCUGGUGUACGGGCAGACAGGCACAGGCAAGACGCACACCAUCAGCGGAAGCAACGUGGAAGCGGGGGUCUUUCACCAUGCCAUGGCGGAUGUUUUUCGGGCAGCACCGAAUGCUGACGUGUCUCGUUACAAUGCCAGCUGUUCGACUGCUGACGUCAGUGCAGCUGAGCGUGAGGUUGUGGGAGCAUUGGAUCUGUCCACGUUGGCAGCAGCAGACACGUCAGCAUCAGCUGGGAAUGCCACGUCAUCAUUCCCGGGCGAGGAGGGUUCUUCAACAGCAAAUCAAUCACCACCAUUGAUGUGCUUCCUAUCGGUGGUGGAGAUUUACAACGAGAGAGCUGUUGACUUGCUGCAGGGAGUAAAACCCAGCUCAGUGCAAUCGAAGGAGAAUGGGAACAGUCGCAGUGACAGCUCUGACAACAGCCUCUCACGCACAGCAGGGAGGAAGCUUAUAACGGAGCAGCAGCUACACUCAGUAGAAGAGGCGGCGGUGGCGUUUGAGCUGGCAGGGCACAGGCGCAAGAAGCAAUACCAGCAGACACGGGGACAGGCUCAGACACAGCAGCAACAGCAGCAGCAGCAUAAGGAGCAGCAAGGGAAGAAUACGCGGAGGCAGCAGCAGCAGGUGGGGGGUUCGAGGCGGGUGGGGCAGAGGGAGGCGAGGAGGAGGGAGACGGAGAGCAUCAACAAGAGCCUGCUCGCGCUCACCUCCGUCCUCACGCACCUCAGCCAGGCUCGGCCGGGCCUCCCGCCGUACCGCCGGUCUCUGCUGACGAGGCUGCUGCAACCGUGCCUGGGAGGCAGGUCCGGUAGUGGCAGCGGGGGAAGCAGCGGUUACUGUGCUGUGCUGUUCUGCAUUGAUCCUCAGGACGUCCACGUCAGCAAGACCACUCUCAGGUAUUCUGCAAUGACGCGGCAAAUCCGCAUGGACUAUCACCCUUCGAUACUGUCACUCUCCGCGCCCAAGCAUGCCCCUCCAGCCGUCCACAAGCCACCCAGGCGCCGGCCAGCAAAGGCCCCUGCUGCUGACGCACGCUCUCACAGGCCCACACCGGCACAAGGGGAGAAACAGAAGAAGGGCUUGCGGACAGGUGCGAACCGGUUGGGUGAAGUGGAAAGGAGGAGAGUAGACCCAAAAGAGGGUGCAGAUGGGAAAGGGAAGGAAGGGGAGGUGGACGAGGAGGAGGAUGAGCAGGGGGAGAAGUUGGUAGUUAAAGAGGAGGUGAGGGUAGUGGUUGAGGAGAGCGAGGAGAAGGGGUUGGAGGAGAGGAGCAAAGAAGGAGGAGGAUUGUGGGGGGAGGAGGGAGGAGGUGCGGCUGAGAUGCUGCUGACAGCAGGAGGUGCCGUAGAAACACUGCUGGCAGCAGGCAUGGACGUUUCUUCUGAGUCCGGCAGCAGCUGUGAUGGGGCUCCAGGCGGGGGGAGUGCUUCUGCAGUGGAGGACCCUCCUGCUGCAGGAAACGUGCUUCAAAGGAAUGGAAGAAUGAAUGAAGCUGUUGGGGUGGUGUGUGAGGAAGAGUCAGCAGGGGAAGCAGUGCUUGAGUGGUACAAUGGCUACGGUGACUAUAGCGAUAAGGAGAACGCUUAUAACGAGUUUGCUCUGACAGCACAGGCACAUCAGGAGCAGAUGGGGCUGGGGCUAAGUGCUGCUGCCACUGGAGCUGCCGCUGCUGCUGCUGCUGCUGCUUUUUACCCAUCUUCCCUUGGUGCCUCCAGCAGCAACGGCAGCAUUGGUGACAGCGGCUCUCUUUCUCCUGACAACAGCAGUUGUUCUCCCGACAGUGGCAGCGGCAAUGUGUCUCCCAAUCCCUCCUCACCUAAUCCCUCCUCGCCCAACCCUUCCUCGCCCAAAUGCUGCUCACCAAAUAGCUGCUCGCCCAAUACCUCGUGUUCCGACCCACUCACACCCAUUGCCCCCAUGGCCACACCCACACAUACGCCCACCACCAUGUCUACCUUCUCAUUCUCAUCCACAUGCUCCUGCAUCGCACUGGACGUGCAAAGCAGAGGGGACGGAGAUGAGGAGAGAGAGGCGGAGGAAGGCCAAGGAGCAUUUGGUGAAGCGGGAAUCUGCUUGAAGCAAGUGAAGAAAGGGGAGAAGUGGAAGAAAAUGGACCUGGGAAGGCAUCAAGUUCUGGAAGGAGAGGAAAUUGUGAAAGGGAAUGUUGGAGGCAGGAAGAAGUUGAAGGAGAGGGCUGUUGUGCUGCAGCGCUGGUUGGCAAUGGCAUGUGUGUGCUUUAGCAGCCAGGAUGGUGGCGCGGUUUGGUAG